AUGGCUCCAACUACCACGGCCGCCACAAACGGCGUUUCGGCCGGAGCUGUCGUGGGUCACCAACGCCGCCCGACCAAGACACACAUUGUGCCUGUGUUGCCGCUUCCAUUGGACCGAAAGCAUCGGGAGCAGCGGCAGCAGCGUGAGAUGCGCGCCGCUCAAGCUGCUGCACCAUCAACACCGACAGCUACCGCCCACAACCACGCAAGCGCCCUGCCUCGCGAUGCUCCAGUUGCAGACUCAAACGCGCGCCUCCAGGCAAACGGCAAGGCCGACCACUCUCGUCGCGAAGUGCCCUCCGCAGCGGGCCAAAAGAAGAUCGAGACUGGGUCUACCGCUCGCGAAAACCACUCGGCAGUCCGUCAAGGUAUGCAUAGCACCAUUGCACCCCGCACAUCGCCCCUUCCUGGUUGCCUUUACUUUGUGUCUGAUCAAGUUCUUUCAAAAGCCUCAGUACCACCUGCCACCGCUGCACCAGCUAUGCCAAGGCAACCCCUAGCUGCCAACCACUUCACGAACACUAUGGGUGCACCACCGCCGCCCCAUUCAGCCACAUUCCCCGGUUUCGUCCCUCCGCCUCAUAUGAUCGAUAUCAAUUCUCGUGGCAAGGAGAACAUACCACCCACAUCGAACGGCAUAAUGAUGCCUCCACAGCAGCCACCAUUCCGCCCUCCGCCGCACCAACUACACCACCCUCACCCGAGUGAAGGCAGCAUUAUGUUUGGUGGUUUCCAGGACUCCAACAACACCUCGCCAGGCCCUGCUUCUGCUGGCAUGUAUCCGCCACCGGGCAUCCACUUCAACGAGCACCCGCAUGCGCCUAAUGGUCACCCACACGCAUGGCAGCCGGAGCAUGCUAACGACGGUGGCCCGGUGUACCCUCCCACAGCAGCUCCGAAUGUCAUCCCCUCGCCGUCUCACAGUUUCCAUGGCUCGAUGUCCUCCAACACGGCCGAGAGUGGCCCGAACCGUGAAGAGAACGGACACACACAUAGGCCUCCUCCUGUCAUGAUGAACAAUGGCAUGGCUAACGGCCACCACAUGGAAAACCACAACGCGAUUCUACCUGUUAUGCCACCGAACUCGACCCAUCCUACCCCGCCUCGCUUCAUCUCCCAGAUCCACCAGCAUGAGAUACAAAAGUAUUUUGAGUUCAACUUCAACAACCCGGCAUCUGCAGACUGCCAGAUUGUGAUCAGGUUCUCUCCCGAAUCCGAUAACAACCCAUGGCGUGUACCUGUUCAACUAUUUGGUCAUCGCUUCAUCCUUAGCAUCAGCCCCGCGUUGCGGGCCCACUUGCGGGAGACGGGCAACGAUAGAGAUGUUGCGAUUCUCCUCAAUGACCCGUACCUCAGGACAGACGUCAUGUGGGACUGUCUUGCUAGUCUCUACGGCCGUCCUCUUUCGGAUAUUCCGGAAGGUGAUUUUGCUCGCGCAGCUGCCUUUCUUGCCACCGGAUGUGCUCUGCAGCUGAGCUCUAUCAUCCGGAAGGGUGUCGAGGACAUUAUGCACAGCAUCCAACACUGGGGGACUUUGGAGCGUGCCAUCGAGCUGGUCUUCUACGGCACCACUGACUAUGUCAACGACGCCUCAUACUCACAGCCGUCUCAUGAGAUUCGCUACAGGCAUGGUCCAGCGUCUCAUGCCCUGAUGGAAUUCAUCGUCGAGUGGAUCAUUAGGCACAUUCCUGUCAACUACUCCGUGGACAGCACUUUCCACUCCCCAAGUUACAGCCGCCUUCCCAACAUUGCUGUGCCUCCUCGACAGGAAGUGUCUCCCGAGGAAGUCUUGGCGCCUACCGUACAAGCGCCCACUAAGGAGAAGAACCCCAUGCUUAAGAUGAUGAAGUUUGGUGACUUGCCCUUGGCUUCCUCCCAGUCCAACCGGGAGGAGAAUGGUCAUUCCCCGGCGAGCUCUGUCCCGUCAAGCUCUCCAGCCAAUACCAACACGAUCAUCUCUCGAAUUCUCGUCAACUUGCCUUUCGCCAUUAUUAAGGACAUCGUCGAAUUCAAGGAUGCCGGAAACUUUGAUGGCUUGAUGGCCACCCCUCUGCGGCACCAGAUUUUCUCACAAAUCAUCAAAGAACGCGAGAGCCGGCGCUUGGAGGUCUUGGAGGCUAUCAAGGCGGGCAAGUGGACAGAGGCCUCCUCGAUCAAGGCUCGUCUUGCGUCAGAUGGAGAAGAUGCUGGCUCCCAAAGGUGGGAUGUACUAGGGUGGAAAGAGACGUACGUUUUCAAGGAUGGUGCUUCCAACAUCUUCCGCCAAUGGGAGCCCGUCCGGUUCAACUAG